AUGGCUACUUCAGCACCAUCACCGCUGGCCAGUUCUGUGGAGAAGACGAAUGGAGCCAAGCUCAGCAGGCUUCUCAUCGACGGUGGAACAACAGUUCUUAGGAAGAUUUUUGAUGGUCAUCAUCCUCCUACAAACUUGAUUACUGACUUAAAUACUCAUUACUCCAUUCUUAACAAUCUUUUACGUCGCCGAGUUCUAAAUCGCCAACAGUGGGAAAAACUAUUUCCACCUGGUGGAGUCCCUCCAGAAUCCAACACCUUUGACAUCACUCUUUUGUUUCUCCUUCUGACUAAGAUCUGUGGACUAACCCCUCCCCCCUCAGGAUGGCAUACUAAACCACCCUCAAGUGACAAGUCUCAUGAGGCUAACCUUGCACGGGUUAAGUUCUAUCGCAAUAUCUUGUAUGGUCAUGUGACAACCACUGGUGUUGAUACAUCAACUUUCUCUGCUCUGUGGACUGAAAUUAGUGGUGUUCUUGUGAGUCUUGGUCUCGAUCAGGCGGAAGUUGAUAGGUUGAAGGCAGAGAAAGGUGGAGAGCAAGAUUAUAUUGACGUGUUGAUUAAGUGGGCUGAUAGUGAAGAGAAUAUUAAGUCACAUUUGAUGAACAUUCAUCAUUCUCAGAGCCAAACGCAUCAAGCAGUUCAAGAUGUACGUCUAGCACAAGUGAAGGAUCAAAAGACAGUGAAAGAAAUACUUCAGAGCCAGGACAAGACACAAAAGAGUGUAGAAGACAUACAGCAGACCCAGGCCAAGACUCAAAAAAGAGUAGAAGACAUGCAUCACAUACAAACCCAAACUCACCAAAGCGUAAAAGAAGUGAAUCAGAACGUGAGAGAAGUUGCAACAGAUCUUAAGGAAAUAAAGGAAGCAGUUUAUAGUUUAAAAGAAGGAAAAGACAAAGAUAGCUCAGACGAGGUCCUUAGAAAUCUCGCCAAGUCUGAAUUCAGUGGAGACAUUGAGUAUUACGUGCAGAGAUUUCAAAAAGGCACGCGUGAGUGGGUCUUUGACAGAGUUCAGAACUGGCUGAAUGACAGAAGCUCUCAAAACCGCGUGAUGGUAAUCAGUGGAAAUGCAGGGAUGGGAAAAUCUGUCAUCGCAGCUGUGAUUUGCAAGAGAAUGCAAGAAGCUGGCAGACUGUCAGGAAGUCAUUUUUGUCAGUAUAACAAUGUACGCUACUGUAAGCCUCAGUUAAUGAUUCAGUCGCUUGCCUGUCACUUGUCCCAUGCCUUGCCAGAGUACAAGCAAGCUCUUGUGGAACAGUUGUCAAGAAAUCUGGGUACAGAUCUCAACAACAUGGGUGUGGAGGAGUUGUUUGCUUUGCUUUUUAAGGAACCUCUUAGUGCUGUCGGUGACCCAGGAAGAAACAUGCUCACGGUGAUAGAUGGCUUGGAUGAAAGCGAAUACAAAGGAAGAAAUGAGCUUCUUGAUGUGAUUGCAAGUCAGUUUUGUAAGCUUCCUAUUUGGAUUCGUUUUCUUGUCACGACGCGCCCAGCCUUAAACAUUGCAGAGAAACUAAAACAUUUGAAACCGUUUGAACUGAAGGCUAAUGAUAAAGAGAAUCUGGAAGAUGUCAGAGUAUUUUGCCUAAAAAGACUGGAGCACGUGGUAAAACCAGCGAAUGUCGGCGAGUUUGUGGAAAGACUAGUUUUGAAAUCUGAAGGACUGAUGUUGUACAGCCAUUUUCUCAUUUUGUCGAUUACUGAAAAUGCAUCAGUUUUCCACAAGGAAGACCUUGUCGGGAGUUCACCAUUAGGAAUUUCUUCAAUGUAUCAUUCCUAUUUCAAACGUUUGGAACGUGAACUCUUGAAGGAACUCGAGAUAAAGGAAGAAAAGUUCCUGAAUCUGUUAUCUGCCAUUACCACCUCAAGGGAGCCCCUGCCAGUGGGUUUUGUUUCUAAAGUAUUAGUACCAAGUACUAAUUCACCACUUACAAGGCGUAAGUUACUAAGAGCCUUGAAUAGUGUUUCCGCUCUUCUUCCUGUCCGUGACGGUUGUCUUCAUGUCAUUCACAAGUCAGUUCAAGACUGGUUAACAGACGUUUCAAGUUAUGGCGAGCAUGAAUUCAUCGUGGAUGAAACUGUGGGACAUCGUAUACUAGCAGCCCUGUGUACUGACGAGCUUGAAAAUCUGAAACUGAAACGUGUACAUAACAUACAAUUUAGCGCCACUGAGCGCUACGCGUUGUAUCAUGGUGCAUAUCACAUGCUACACAAAGGCGUCAAGACAGAGCCAAACAAGCUGAACGAACUGACAAAGGCUAGCAUUUUAGAUUUACAAAUCGUGUAUGCUAAGACCUGCGUAAACAGCGCAAGAGCGGCGGCUGAGGAUCUCGUGUGGCUUAAAAAGCAGGGCAUCUUUACAUUGUUAUCAAAAGAUAACCAAAGUAUUCUUGACACAUUGUUGUUUCUAUUGAGAAGGAACCGCCUUUUACUCACGGAUACCCCUCGCAGGUUUCUUCAAACCAUACUUAACCAAGGAGGAAAAGUGUUGACUGUUGAGGCGUCAAAUCUUUUGCGAAAUAAGUAUCGUGAAAUACCAUAUCUGGAGGUUGUUCAUAACGAGAGGCAGGGAGGUGUUGUAGCCCGAUUUCCAUGUUCAUCUGAUGUGAUCUGUUUGGACGUCUCUCCACAGUUGGAUUAUAUGGUGUGUGAAUGUAACAACGGAAUGCUGCAGCUGUGGUCACUCCGUACUGGCAGGCUAGUGUGGGCACGCCCAGUCGUAGUAGAGAAGAGGAUCAUGUCCUACGUGUAUAGAACGUUACCUUCUGUAGACACGUUUUCAUUUUUCCGCUCUGUUGUUUUCCACCCUACAAAGGAAUGUAUUUUACCUGGGGUUCUAAGUCAGGCCUAUACUAUGGACGGAGGCUUGAAACCGCUCUAUCUCGGAAGUACCUGUAGAUUCUCAGUUUGCUCCAUUUCAGGCGACAAGACCAAAAUUCUAACUAAUUGUCUCGAGAGUUCUAAAUGCCUUGUCCUGUGGAGUUUGGAAAGUGGCUCAGAGGUUGAUCGAAUCCUCGUAAAUGAAGACAUUUUAUCUUUUGCAUGGUCUGGUGAUGGAAGCCUUCUUGUACUUUCACAUUCUUCGGGAGUGAUUAGUUUGUAUGAUGUGAUGUGUAAUUUCAGAAAACUAACACAAAUGGCUACCCCAGAAGUAUGUGGCAUGGUAAAGUUUUCACCUGAUCAUCGAUUCAUUUUUUGUUGCGCUGUAGAUAAAGUACAAUUAAUUCAUCAUGAUCAGUCCCUUUUUUGUCUCAAAGUUGUAAAGGAAGCAAACAACAGAUUCUCCUUAACGAUUGUGUCUCGUGAUUCCGAGACUUUUGAAUCUUUUAAUGAUUGUGGGUUUUUAUUUGGCGAUCUUAUUUCCACAAAAGGUCCUCAGCAUCUAUUGACGUUUGGUCUUGACACGCAACGUCUGCUACGUUCCGUUUCGAAUCUAAUGGAAAUGGCGGAUACCAAUUACGUAAACAGAAACGAUCAAGGCGAAGCUACUGCAGCUGCUGGGAUAGCACUCAGUUUGGAUGGUCAGACCGUGUUUGUUGCAAGUGUUACAUCAGUCACUGCUUAUGACGCGUCGAGUCGGAAGCGUAAAGCAGAGAUAAACUGCGGGGUUUUACAGUACCAUCCUUUGUGUCCUGUUAGAGGUGGAGACCUAUUCUUAACGAGAGAAAGCAAAAAAUGUAUAUCUAUUGAAUUGUGGAGUGGUAACCUCGCUAAAAGAAUCAAAAGGUGGACCAACCUGCCUGGAGUCAAACAACUGGUCCCUCUAUCAGAAGAACGAUUAGCAGUCGUGGGAGAGGUUGACGUGAAAAUCCUAGAUCCAAGCAGUGGAAAAGUUGUGUCAACAAUCGCAGUUUCACAAGGAACAGUUCUUUCCUGCAACAGUAAAUGUCAGCUGUUAGUUCAAAGGAAAUUUGAAAGAUGUGUGUUUAUUUCUUAUUCUUGCCUUCUUCAGCUUUUUGAUGGGGAAACACUUGUUUGGAAAAAGGAAGGCAGUGUCUCUUAUUACCAGGUUGUGGCUUUCUCACCUACGGAACAGUUCCUAGUUGUUGGCACGUGUGAAGAUAUCCUUGUCUUGGAUGCCGAAACAGGAAACACGCUCCAUACUUUACAUCCUCCUUCCCUCUUAAGUCACUGUACGUUUAUCAGUGACGAUGUGAUAUGUGUUAUUUAUAAUUAUAACUCAACUGUUGGGCUGUUUAACGUCAAAUCUGGUGAACUUCUAACUGAAGUAUAUGUGGAAGAUGACGUGACCUGUUUAGCAGCCUGUCCCUUCAAUAGCGUUCUCGCCAUCGGCCUGGAGAACUCCACACCUAAUUUCAAAGUUAUCAGGGCGCAUUUGCCGCGGGUAGAAGGCCGUGGAAACAUGGAAAGGUAA